UACUUAUUUAAAUGCUUUCUCUUAUUAGUUUUUUUUCUUUUUUCAUUUUCUAGAAAAAAGAUUAGGUAGUAUGUUUAGAUUAAUUAAUGGAGUUGUUUGAUGAACAAAUUCACUGUCAAUUCAAAUAUAUACAUAGAAUUGAUGAUCGCGACUAUUCUCCCUUUUAAUGUGUUUAAUUGAGAUUUUGGUUUGAAGAUAGUGUAUAUCUUUAUUCUCUUUUUUGGGGAUUUAAAUGUUGUGAAUUGAAUGAGCUAUUAUAUUUGUUUUUGAUGUUCCCAUUUUUGUUUAAGUAAUUAGUUUUUUUUUCUCUUUACGUUAGAGUUAUUACUUGCUUUAAGUAGUUCAAAUGUUGUCAUUAUGUUUUGUAUUAAAUUUUGAGUUAAUCAUACACGGCUUUCUUUGAACUAGACUUGAGUAGAGAUAUAUUAAUUGGAUUGUUUUUCCCUAUGUUGCACCAUACUACAGCGGUAGAGCUUUUGAUUGUUAAAACUUCAAACUACUAAGCAUUGUUUGAAGUAUAAGAGCAGAGACAGGGUUUUGGUUACAUAAAAGAAAGAAAGAACUUUAAUCAUCAUGAGAAGGCUUUGAAGUACUGAAGUUGUAUCAUUUCUUUCUUCUUUUUGUAUUUGGCAGCCGACUGUGCCAAGAUGGGAGAAGAUGUUUUGCUCUUCGGUUGGCUCAGUUCCAUGGAAAAGCUGGUAGAAACCAAGUAUAUGUAUCUGUACGACAACGUCGUUAAUUGGAAUGAUUCGGCUAGUGAAGAAGCCUUUGACAAUGCAAAAAGUAGGUUUUGGUCCGAAAUCAAUGGGCUUCCUUGUGACAUACCGUUGCCUGAUCCUGACAUUUACAUUGACGAUAUCGAUUGGAGUUCAACUAUUGACCCUGAGCUUAUUCUAGACUUGGAAAGAGACGCAAUAGUCCCUAGUGACAAAGAAAAUGAUGCGGAGGUUGUGAUCAUCGGCGACGCUCUACUUGUGAAUCAGUCAUUUUUCUGCAUUGGAAUUGCAAUAAAAUACACUAAAAUUUAACUUUCAACUUCGAUUUUUUUUUUUCAUUUUUGUAAUCUAAUUAAUGACAU